AGGGAGGCCUGGCCACUCCGUGACGUCAGCGGGAGCCGGUGAUGGCGGACGCGGGGAAGGAGCGGCCUGAGGACGAGCGGGGCGUGAGCCUGAGGGCGGGCAGCCCGCGGGGCCGGGGCAGCCGAAGCUAAAGCAUGAAGUUGAAUGAAAGAAGUGUGGCAUACUAUGCCACUUGUGAUUCUCCAACUGACAAGACUGGAUACUUGCACAAAAAGGGAGAACGAAACACUGCUUAUCACCGCCGUUGGUUUGUUUUGAAGGGUAACCUGUUCUUUUACUUUGAAGAAAAGGAGAGCAGAGAGCCCAUUGGAGUAAUCAUAUUGGAGGGAUGUACUGUGGAAUUGUGCGAGUCUUCAGAGGAGCAUGCUUUUGCAAUCAAGUUUGACAGUGUUAAGUCAAGGUCAUACAAAAUGGCUGCUGAGAACCCCACAGAAAUGGAAGCCUGGGUUAAAGCUUUAUCCCGCGCAAGUUUUGACUACAUGAGAAUAGUUGUGAGGGAACUUGAAAAACAAUUGGAAGAGAUGCAGCAAAGUAGAGGCAGCAGCCGGAAAAGCCAGAGAAACCCAUUUGCACGAAAACAUGCAAUCAAUCCUUCUGGUGCACAACAAAUCUCAAGUAGUUGCACUAUGUCUCAUGGAACUCCUGUUAAAGAAAAUGGCUACGUUCCCUGGAAUACCACAUCAGUUCAAACACUAGAAACUGAAUGGAAUGGCAAAGCUCAUGCUGUUAAUGAUAAUGACAUUGCUAAAUACUUCCCAGACCAGGAAAGACCACCACAUACCCAACGCUUGCCACCUCCCUUGCCCCCAAGGAGGAGAACAGCAACAGGAGGAGUAACGUCUGGGAUUGGUGGUCUGAUGCUGGCCCAUGAUAAUGCUGCCUCAGCCACAGGGACUUACUGCUUCAGCAGAUUACAUGAGUGGUUUGGCAGGGAUGUGAUACAGCUGCAAAGACAGUGGCAAGAGCACAAGAUCAGAAAUGAUGGUGUGUCAGAACCUGAUCACAUCAUCUGAAUUCAUAAUAUAGUACAUCUUGCUCAGUGUCUUUAAAAGGAGGAUUUCUUUCUCGAGUUUUAUAUCUAAUUCAAUCUCUUUAGCAUCAUAUUCUAGCCCUCUAGUGCUUUCCAGUAUGUAUACAAAAGGUACUCUGCAUUUCUGUUUUAGUUUUUUUUAUAAUCUGGCUGGAUCCAGCAAAUGAAACACAAUAUAUUUAAAUGGGCAUUGGGCAAUGUCUUACAAUUUUUGCUACUUAUGUCCUUCUGUUUUAAUUUUAGUAUCCCUGGCAGUGAAAUGAAAAUGAACAUGAAAAUUAAAGUAAUUCCAAUGAGCUUUUUAAAAUAAAUGGGAUUUUGAGUUAUGGUGCAGAGACAAAACGAAUGCACCUUAAGUUUGAUAUCUGGUAAUUGUCCAACUCGAAAAUGAGGAUAGGUGGCCUUGUUUAGAGUGUGGGAUGGGAAAUCAUCCAAGCUUGCUAUAGUUUAUAUUGAGAUUUGUGUUUGCAAGAUUCACGCUGUCCACCUUGAUGUUGGCAGCCUGCACAAAAUGGCCUACGCAUGGACACUGGCUAUUUUGCCUGUGAACCUGCCCUGCUGCAUCUCGGGGUGGGAGGAGUGUCAAAAGUCAUAGCAGACUCAGGAUUUACUUGCCUUUCCUUGAUUGGUGCUGCCAGUUGU